AUGGAGAAGAAUUAUAUUGAUAGAGUUCGAAGAGCUCUAGAAGUGGUUCCGGAAGAUAGGAUCGAAGAGCGAAAAAGGACCAUCCGCAAUAAAACACAUAGCUUGAUAAUAACUGAAAGAACAUAUUCAAUUAAUUGGGAUCAGACUUUUUCGACAAACCACAAAAUACUGUAUCCUAAGGAGUUUAUAGGUGAACUUGGGGAGGAAUCCGAAUAUAGUAACUCUGUUGUUGGAGAGUGCGGUAGUACGCCUAUCGAAACGGACAAUCCCGAUAAUGUCUAUUACGAGGCUCAAUGUCUUUUGGGAGGGGAGAUGGUUGCACGGUUUACCAUAUCUGGAGAUGCCCUUCUUUCUGAUUUGGCAGAACUUCUGGUGGGAGGUGAUGUCCUGUCGAGCAAGGUGUUCUUUGCAAUAGGAAAGACGAUCUACUUGAGGGACAUUGAUAAUAAUUCAGUAAGGUUUGCCACAAUGGUAUUUCAGCUGAAGGUUUUUGGCAUCAAGAAAUGGGACAUCAGAGCUGAUAGAUGCAUAGAAGAUAUAUCCAAAGAGAUACAUUUUCAUGACGGGAGGUUUUUGAAGUCGAUUCAGAUCACCCGCGUGUUCUUUUCACACAGAAAGAUAAGCCCAUAUAUAUCUGUGAAGCGCCUCCACGGAAGAGCGCAGCUGUGUAAAUGUUGUCUGAAGAAUAAUGCAGGGCUAAAGGUAAUUAACGAUCCCAUUUUACCUGAGAAGAAGAAGUUUGUUUGUAAGAGGUGCUUUGAGCUUCUAUUUGUAGACAAAGAAGGAAACAACCGUUACGAUGACAUUGAAGUGGAAUUUCUUCAUUAA